GUUCAUAAAGGGAGCUGGAGAACUCCAACACAUUCUUCAGAUGGUAUCAUAGUUCUCAUCAUGGUUGGUCAACACACCUUAACUACGGUGGGAUUAAUCUUGUUUCUAUCGCUGGACUGGACGUUGUCAGUGAUUCCAGAGCGUGAGGUGCACCCAAGCUUCUGGAACAAUAAGGGAAAGCAGGCCCUGCACUCGGCCCUGAGUUUGAAGCCCAAUGUUCACCGGGCUAAGAAUUCUAUUCUGUUCCUGGGAGAUGGCAUGGGGAUCCCCACGGUGACAGCAGCACGCAUCCUCAAAGGACAGAUGAAGGGCGGAACCGGCGAGGAAUUUGUUCUGGCCAUGGACACCUUCCCGUACCUUGCUCUAUCUAAGACGUACAACGUGGACCAGCAGAUGCCCGACAGCGCCGGCACGGCAACAGCCUACCUAUGUGGAGUGAAGGCCCGAUACGGCACCUUGGGCCUGAGUGCGUCCGCGAUCCGCAAGAACUGUAGCAGUACCUUCGGCAACGAGGUCAACUCCGUCCUUCACCGCGCCAAGAUGGCAGGGAAGUCGGUUGGAAUCGUCUCCACGGCCCGCGUGCAGCACGCCUCACCGGCGGCCAGCUACUGUCAUUCUGCCGACCGAAACUGGUACUCCGACUCAGAUAUGACCGCCGCAGACAUCCAGGCAGGGUGCCGUGACAUCGCUUAUCAGCUGGUCCACAACACUGACAUCAACGUCAUUCUCGGUGGAGGACGCAAGUAUAUGUUUCCUAAAACAGUAAAGGACCCAGAGUACGCAUCGUCCGCAGGUGUCCGUGGCGACAAUGUUGACCUCACCGCUGUGUGGCUUAGCAACAAAAAGAAUGCAAAGUACGUGUGGAACAAAGCUGAGUUUGACACUGUGGAUCCUGAAAAAACAGACUACCUCAUGGGCCUGUUUGAGCCAGGCGACUGUCGCUAUGAGCUGGAACGUGACUCGAAGAAGGACCCCUCUCUUACUGAAAUGGUUGAAAAAGCCAUCAGGAUCCUCAGUAGAAAUCCCAAAGGCUACUACCUCUUCGUGGAAGGGGGGAGAAUUGAUCACGGCCACCAUGCCAGUAAAGCCAAACAUGCCCUGACGGAAGCGGUGGAGUUUGACAAUGCCAUCGAGCGGGCGGCAGAGAUGACCAGUGAGCUGGACACGCUGUCCGUAGUCACGGCUGACCACUCUCACGUCUUCUCCUUCGGAGGUCACUCCGCCAGAGGGAACCGGGUCACAGGACUGAGCAGUAACAAGGGUGAUGAUAACAAGACUUUUACCACCUUACUCUACGGAAACGGACCUGGAUAUAAGCUAGUAAAUGGAUCACGUCCAAACGUGGCUGAGACAGAAGCAGGUUUUCAAUUUAAAUAACUGCACACAUUAUUCAUUCUCCUCUUCCUGGCACCUCUCUUGGCCCUACGCUCCUUCAGC